CGCUCAGGGUUUUCCUCCAGCCGCAGGAGCAGAGAGAGGGGCAGCAGUCAGCAAAAUGGCGAAGACGUACGACUACCUCUUCAAGCUGCUGCUCAUCGGCGACAGCGGCGUCGGCAAGACCUGCCUUUUGUUCAGGUUCUCGGAGGACGCGUUCAACACGACCUUCAUCUCCACCAUAGGGAUUGAUUUCAAAAUAAGAACUGUAGAACUAGAGGGAAAGAAAAUUAAACUACAAAUAUGGGACACAGCAGGACAAGAGAGAUUCCGUACCAUCACAACUGCAUACUACCGAGGAGCAAUGGGAAUAAUGUUGGUUUAUGACAUUACAAAUGAGAAAUCUUUUGACAACAUCAAGAACUGGAUACGCAACAUUGAGGAGCAUGCAUCUUCAGAUGUGGAAAGAAUGAUUCUGGGUAACAAGUGUGACAUGAAUGACAAAAGGCAGGUUUCCAAGGAGAGAGGAGAGAAGUUAGCAAUUGAUUAUGGAAUUAAAUUCCUGGAGACGAGUGCAAAAUCCAGCAUAAAUGUUGAAGAGGCAUUUCUCACACUUGCACGAGAUAUCAUGACGAAGUUCAACAGAAAAAUGAAUGAAAACAGCCCUCCAGGCAGCACUGGACAAGUUAAAAUAACUGCAAAGAGCCAGUCAAAGAAAAGUAGCUUCUUCCGGUGUACACUGCUUUGAUGGACUCAAAACGAUAGACUGCAGCAUACCAAGGAUGAUCAUUUUGGUUCUCUGAAAGCACAGUGUUGAUCAGCCUCAGAAAAUAAAUUCCACCUUCUGCUACUGAGAACUCCGCUGUAUGCAUAUCAUCAGUCGAACUUCCCCGAGUGGGUUGUAGAGGUACACACAAGUGACCAACUUCGCCUGUCUUGAACAUCAUAUGAUGAAAAUGGAAAUCGCUGAAUUGGAGACGUGGGGAAUAAUAAUCUCUGUAGACUUCUGUUUUAUUAACCUGAACUGCCUAUUGCAAAAGCUGUUGUAUGUUUUUGUACUUUGCACUUUUUUUUAGCCUUCAUUUGCUACCAAAUACAAAGUUUAACUUGAUCUGGUUUGUUUGAUAUGUUGUAUCUGCUCGCUAUUGCGCAUUUUAUUUUUUUCAGCACUAGAAUUUUGUAUGUACUAACUCCUAAAGCACUGUGGUGGUAAUAUUGAGCAUCAUUUUUUUAAACCCAUAGAAAGUAUUGACACACUGUGUAGUAAUCCCAGUAUUUCUGUAGUCUGCUUUUAGAUCUAUAGAACAGCAGUAAUUAUUCUGUAUGGACAGUGUCUUCUGCAAUUUCAAAGUGUGUUUUUAACAAUGUUGACCAACUUAUUUGUUUGAAGAUUACAAAUUCUCAUGAUGGUUUUGAUUAACAGGUUAUUGUUUGGGAACACACUUUUAAAUCCAAUUGCAUCUCAGGUGUCUUAGGAGAAACUAACUUCAUUUAUAACUUGUUACUGACAAUUUUUGGAAAUUGCCUUCCUUUAAGAAUGUGUACACAUCCAUACCAGUCUCCCAAGAACAACUUUCCCCAGCGGCCUGUAAUGAAUAAAUCAGAUGUGCUUCUUGAUCCAGCAAUGUGCUGAGGUAUAUGCUCUGAUGUAUAAAUAAAUGUUUGUUUGCUAUUUUCUUAAGUGUAGCUUUGCUAAAUUGUAAAUACAUUUUGUGUAAGACCAUAGGAAUUUCACUUUCUGCAUGGCAAAAGCGGUAAAUUGAAAUAUUUGCAAUUUAAAUAUUAAAUAAUGCUUUCAUGUUGUGAGCAUAUUCACAAGAGCUGUAACAUUAAGAUUGCAGAACUGGGGUAGGAUACAGCAGAUACUAAUUUUCAUAAAGCAAGAUUAUACCCUGUGGAUUUACUGAAUUUACUGUUUUGUAAAAUAAUCAUUGUAUGGUUUACAAGAAACUCUGAUAUAGAAGUAAUUGCAUACUUGCAGCAGUAUUAACGUUUCAGGGCUGCACUUUAUUAUUGUGUUGAUUCUUAAAUUCAUUGUUUAUUUUAAUAGGUCAUGUGGAGUGCAAAGUAUGGCAUAUGUGAGUUUGCGGUAACUUGUAAACACAUGUAAUUUGUGCCCAUGAUUGUUAUCAUGUUGCAUAAAAUCAAUUUAAAGUUCUUCUGGACAGUAAAUAAGAAUGUUAGUGUAUUCCUAUGGCCUUACAAAUACAGUUUGCUGAUGACACUUUUAAUAGGGACCAUCGUUAUUUUUAGUGUUUGUAUUAAGACGUCAACAGCAGCACACUUUCCUUUCUAACCUAAAUACUCCCCCCACCUGGGCAUCCCAAAAUUAUUUUUAAACACAAGUGGCUGUGAAAAGUUAAAUUCAGUUUGUUUUCAACUCUAAGCUACUUCUAAAAGCACAGCAUUUUCAAGUCCCUAUCCAGAUAUUGAAAGCGUCUGUACCUAAAUAAAUGAAACAGGUUCCUGUGACAAGUGUUAACAUUUUAAGUCUGAUUUAAUUCAUAUGUACUCAUGUUCUGUAAAGUAAACUUGGUGGGUUUUAUUAUUCAGUGUGAACUUUUUAUAAUAUGCGUCUGAAAUAAAGAUUAAAUGGCAAAAUAAAA